GCUUGGCAGGUACGGAGUUCCACUUCGCCCUGAAUGCACUCGGCGAGCAGACUGGCGACGGCAUCGCUCGCUACAACAUCAUCCAUUUCCGGCGCAACGUCGUCAAUAGCACGUACGAGUGGGUUAAGGUCGGCAAGUACUACAACGGCUUGCUGACCCUCAACAUGUCCGAGGUGCGCUUCCGCGUCGCCGAGCCGGCAAUUCCUCUCUCCGCCUGCAGCCCCCCGUGCGGGAAGAGCCAGAAGAAGACGUUCCAGAUGGAGGGCGACAUCUGCUGCUGGUACUGCGUCAACUGCUCCCAGUAUCAGAUCCCGAUCAACUCGCAGCAGGAGUGCUUCCAGUGUCCGAACGGCUUUCUUCCGAGCGAGGAUCGCAACGCGUGCAUCGCGAUUCCGGAAAACUACUUGCACUACGACAGCGUGUGGGCGAUCAGCGUCAUGUGCUUCUCGACGAUCGGCAUCGGCGUCACCGGCUUCGUAUUCGCCGUCUUCGUCAAGUACAGCAACACUCCCGUCGUCAAGGCGUCGGGCCGCGAGCUCAGCUUCGUGCUGCUCGCUGGAAUUCUGCUCUGCUACGCGCAGACGUUCCUGCUCGUCUUCAAGCCGACCGACGUCUUCUGUACGGCGUCGAUGUUCGGCGUCGGCUUCUCGUUCUCCGUCUGCUACGCGGCGCUGCUCACGAAGACAAACCGCAUCGCGCGCAUCUUCAACAGCGGCAAGCGGUCGGCGAAGCGGCCGAGCUUCAUCUCACCCAAAUCGCAGAUUCUCAUCUGCUUCGGGCUCGUCAGCGUGCAGGUGCUCGUUUCCGGCAUCUGGAUGUUCGUGUCGCCGCCGAGCGCCGAGCACCUGUACCCGACGGAGGAGAGCAACGAGCUGAUCUGCUCGGCGUCGAAGGAUGCGACGUACAUGAUCGUCUGCGCCUACCCGGUGUGUCUGAUGGUCGUCUGCACGCUGUACGCCGUGCUGACGCGCAAGAUCCCCGAGGCGUUCAACGAGAGCAAGUUCAUCGGCUUCACGAUGUACACGACGUGCAUCCUCUGGCUCGCCUUCGUGCCCAUCUAUCUGUCGACGCAGGGCAACCUGACUGUGCGUAUCAUCACGAUGUGCAUCGUCGUCAGCCUCAGCGGCACCGUGUCGCUAAUCUGCCUCUUCACGCCGAAGAUGUAUAUAAUAGUGAUGCAUCCGGAACGCAACGUGCGCCAGUCUAUGAUGACUAAGCCCGCCUCGGCGGCGACAUCUAGCUACACGAAGCAGCCGUCGAACGUGCAUCAAACUAGUUCUUCCUAUAGAGUUGACUCGGGCACGCAGUCGGACGACCUGGAACUAACACAACGUCUGUGUCCUGCAGGCUCGUACAGUAGCAUCAGCAGGUCAACAAGCGCCACACAGACCGUCAGCAACUACAGCGAGAACGGAAUCACGUGCAGCACGCAGACGCUCAACAGCGUCAAGCUGCCCGACGGCGACGUCGGCGAGGGAGACGUUCUCUUGUAAGCCCCGCGUCGCCGCUAGAUGGCGCGGGUUCCGGAGUCUGGGAUGUGCAAUGGGAACCGCGCCGUUCACGAACGCUGGGAAGCCCCGUGAAGUAGCAGCGUUUGGUGACGUCAUGGAACUUCGUCGAUCCCGAGUAUCGAUGACGUGGAAGCUAGACCGUUUGAUGACGUGUGUGAACUUUAUUUUCAGUUUCUCAACUCUGUAGUGCGCGACCUGCGUGCACAAUCUCACGUGUGUAGCGGAUUAAUCUGUAGCUACGAGUGAAUACGUCAAUAGAAUCUGAAACCGGAUGUGCUCUAACGCCUACCGGAUAUAAGUCACAUGGGGGAAGUAUACAUGAAGAGAUUACACCGGAAGUGAAUCUUGAAGGAAGGAAGUGCAGCCGCGAGGAGGAAAUAAACCGCACGCCGGAAGUGACACGUAUAAAGGAAAUGACGUAAAUGAAUGACGCAAUGUUGACGCAAACGUGACGUAUGUCACGCACCGGAAGUGCGUCAGAUGACUAAUGUGAAUCUAGCCUACACGUGUUGUAUGUAUGUACGGUGCUGGGAGCUAUCCCGGUGCAGCUGAGGCACGUAUAACCGGGUUGCCCUAUCAGGUGUUGCAAGGCCAGCAUUUGGGCGUGUUGUUGCGUUAUGAUUUAAUUAAGUUUGACUAGACUUUAUGCAAGAUAUUUUGCUACUGCUUGUUAAUUUUUAGACGGAUAUAUUCGGCAGAAUUCAUAAGCAUUCUGGCUUGUAUUUCCUUUCCAAUGUAAACGAACCCGUGGGCAGUCAAUAAUUUGUCGCUGACAUAUGGACUCACACUUGCUACUUUGUUUUAGGAUAAAUUUCGUUACAUUAUUUUUCGCUAUCCUGUUAUUUUCAUGAGUCGCUGCAGGAGUUUAAUGAAGCUGUUUUAAUGAGUCGUGCUACUUAAUUAUCCGGUUAAUGAGCGAACUGUGCGUGAAUUGAAUUUCAUCGCGUCGCCUUGCGUUGCCUUCCAGCAUCCGCGUUUUCCUCUGUACCGUCGCGCGUAACCUAGGUGCUCACUCGCACGCCCGCGCAUUUGUCGCGAUGCGACGGUCAUCCAAUCUGACGAUGACGUGCAGAAAUUGUCUCAACGACAAACAAAAAUUGUGAAAAUGAAACUAAAAAGGAGCUAUGUUAAUUAGCACGAUACGCUGUGGCAGUGCGGUGGCUGUGUAUAGCGCGUGGCCCGCUAGCGGCAGUAUGCGGUACGAAUAUCGUCUGGAUCAUGUGACAGCCACGUGGACCGCACUCACGUGACGCGAACAACGUCGUCGUCCUGCGUGGUGCGAGAGAAAUGUCGCGCGACGUGUAACCGACCAAGCAGUGCACGAAGCGACGAGUGACACCCGUGAGCACUGCAACUCCUCGCAGAGUGCGCGAAGCAGUAGGCGAGUCAGUGAGAGACGUGGAGGGGGGGACUGGCAUGCACGCGGACAUGACGUCGGCUGUCGGCGUCGGCUCGACACGUUACGAGUGUUCGUCGUUCGCACUAACAUUCUCCACGCUGUGUUGCUGACGUAGGUAUUGUGCUUACUCAUGCAACUGAGAUCUCAUCGGCCAACGCGCUAGGAAUGCAUCUCGGUAGUUCUCUCAGUAAAGCUAGAGCGAGGGGCUGGCUCACUGACACAUGCUAAGAUUGCGUGUGUCACACGCGCUCGGCGAAUUGCAUGGGUGGAUCCGUAGAAAUCGCAGCCGAAAUAACUACUAUUAUUAUUAUAACCUAAACUUAUUUAAGCUGCCAUUUCUAUGAAUCGAACACUGACCCACGCGUCGCGUGAGGUCGCCGCCAGGUGUCUCUCAACCGUGUGACAAGUUAUCGCCGUUGGUUUGCACUGCCGCCACCAGGUGUUGUUGCGGAGACGUGUUACGAGGUUUUCAGAGCGCGUAGCCGCAGUAGUGACGGUCGGUCAACGAUGAUAGUCUACUAACUAGAGAGUACAGCGAUACCACGCGGUGGGAAGCGAUAAUACAGAUGCAAUUACAGCUCUCGUUGUAUGCAAUAAUAAAGAUAUGAUGAUGAUGACAACGAGAAAGGUUCUAAGUAAUAGUUACACUACGCGCUGUUGAGUAAAAUACUUGAAGUGCUUAUUAUCUCUCUAUACGAUUAUGUGAAAACUUGUACAGUCUUUAUUAUAAAGUGUGUUCGGUUAUGUUACUAUGUGUGUUCUUAGUAUAAUGAUAUAUGAGCUCAGUGAAGUGUGCACACCCAUUAGCGCAGGAUGUUUUCUCGCGUUUAUCUCCGCGAGAUGGCGCCCUGUGAGCGUGGAUUCGUGUCUUUUUACUCGGUUUGCGAGAUUUUCCUGCACUAGAAAAUAACGUUUAGCACCACGGGAGGGCGCUUAAAUCGCGCUUUCGCGUUAAAUUCUAUUGUCGCACAUUCAUUCCUUCUGCGUUUUCGUGGAUGCAAAGCGUGUAUUAUGCAAUGUAUAUGAGGUUAUAGCGAAUAUAAUGCAUCCCGCUGCAGACAUUAUGUGGCUAGUUUAGAGUUGAACACUCCGCGGAGUCAACCAACUAAGUUCUUUCUCUGCUAUUUCUCUUAGAAUUUUAAUGAUAUGCAAGGUAGACGAUUGAAAGUGUACGCUAGCAACAAGAAUGUCUGCCGAUUCUGCAUGUUGCUAAAUCACGUACAUCGACAGACAGACUGCAGGCUACUGUGCGUGCUUCCUGCUGCUGCUAAUUCAUUUAGUCAAUUUAAGAUUUUGGCUUCAUCAUUUUGGCCAAAGUGCAGAAGUGUUUCCCCCAAAAAUAAUUUAUUACCAAGAAGUAAUAAAUAAAAAAACGAGAAGCACAUGUGUGCUAUCUAGGUAUUAUGCUUGCUAUAUGGCUAUUAGCCUAUAGAUGCGAUUGUAAAUGGCCCCCAUUUUACCACGAGACCUAUUGAUGAAUAGAUUUGACCGGAUUUUGUCAGUUUUUUUCCGAUUCGUUAAAACUUGCCAGCGAAAAUUGUAUGCUUCUAAACAAAGCACAACUCUUAAGCCGGCAGGUUAAAACAUCGUCAACGUCUGUAUGAGUGUGUCUACCAAAGAUUGUAUGUAUUUUGAUGCAGGCGGCACUGCGCGAGAAUUCCACGUGUGACGAUAAUAUCAAGAGAUAAUUAAUAAGACAUGUAUUAUUAGCUCUUAAUAAUAUCUGGAUACAUGAUUGGUUACAGGCGAGGCUAGAGGUGCUGAAACUUACACUUGCUGCGCGUGAGUGUUAGAUUCAAUGGCUUAAGACGCCGGCAGCGCGCGCAUGCGCACGAGCAACAUUUCUUUUAUGCAAAUCAUAAUAGGUGUCGUGUAAUGAAAAUGAAUAAAAUUGUAGCUUAUAUGUCUAACAAUA